GUCGGGAGAGAGCGAAGCUGUUUACAAGCGGCUCGGAUCGUAAAUUCCCUGCCGCACAGUACCACAGAAAGGGCGCAGGAGUCCUGGGUGACUGGACCUCCUCACUUAUUCGGCGGAACCGCGUUUUCGCUGCACGGGCGUCGGUGGCGGAGCGGAGCACGUGACCAAAUGCGGAACUUGGUGUUCAGCGUGUAGUGCAAGAAGAGCGAGGGAUAUUUUGGUGAAUGUCGAUUCCCCCCCCCCCUCCUUAUUUUCAGCAACCCUUGGUGCCCGCUGCACUAACUUCUGCAGAUCACGGCUGUUCCGCGAGACAGUUGGACGGGUUUCCUCCUUUUUGUCCUCUUCUUGCGCCCAGCUAAGGGUUUCCGACCAGAAGAAGAAAGUUCAAACCUCAAGUUGCCGUUGGAGCCAUCAGUCCGGCAUUGGGUGGUUCUGAGGUCAGACGGCGGGGAGGAUGAGGCUGUGACCGGGUCUGUCCAAGUGUGUCCAUCUGCUCUGAACCUGCCAUCCUGACAUGGCCACUGCGAGGAAGAGCUCUGCCAAGGCGGGGGGUGUGCGCUUUGCGGAGGAGCCCCCUGCCGCCGGUGCUCCCUCCCAUGUCCACUUUGAUGAGAAGCUGCACGACUCCAUCGUCAUGGUGACCCCAGAGAGCGACGGAAACUUCAUGGUCAAGGUGGGCUUCCUGAAGACACAACACAGGUAUGAGAUCGUGUUCACCUUGCCUGAGGUUCCAGCCCUCGGGAAGAAUGUGUGCCCGGCGCCGAUACCAAGCCCACACCUCCGCAUCACCAAUAUCAGCCCACUACCGGAAGGUGGGCUGAAGGUGACCUGUGAGUAUGCCCAGCAGGAGGGAGUACUUUGUGAGGAGGUGCUCCUGCUGAGUGAAACCAACGGAGUUUCUGUCAAGGUCAAAGUUCAUGCCCGGGUCAUGGACCGUCACCAAGGUACGCCCAUGCUGCUGGAGGGGGUGCGGUGUGUCGGUGUAGAGCUGGAGUACGACUCUGAGCAGAGUGACUGGCAAGGAUUUGACUAGAUUACGACGACGCACACGAACAAACAUAGACUCACCCUCUUCCUGGACAGAACGGGCCACCCGCACACCCGCCCAAAAGUCUACACACAUAC